GAGAGGUGUGUGGUGCUCUGUUCAUCCCGUUUGGUUUUAUAAGCUAACACAUCUCCGCUUUGUUUUUUGAACGAAGAUAGCUUUUUCUCUCAAACUGAGGUAAAUAGUAACAUCGGCUUUUAUGUGUUUUGUACAAAAAUUUCCAUAUUUUACUUGUUUUAGGUUUCUGGGUUUGUUUAUUUUUAUGGUUUAGAUUGGGUGCUAGGGUUGUAGUUUUCUUAUAAAGGUGGAUUUUGAUAAAACAUAAACAAAUUAAAGAAAAUGGAGGUGGCAGCAACCGAGAAGCCGCCGAGCUUUCCUCCUGCUCGGAAAAGGAUGACGACACAGAUAACAAUAAAACGCGACGAAACGCCUCUGCAUUACGCCGUACGAUGUAAAGACCUUGCGGUGGUGAAAGAAAUCCUUACGACUACAGAGGAAAAUGAACUGAAAGAACUAUUGUCUAAACAAAACCAAUCUGGUGAAACUGCUCUUUAUAUUGCAACCGAAAACGGUUAUGUCGAUUUGGUUAAGGAGAUGAUAAACUAUUACGAUCUCUCCGAUGCCGGGAUCAAAGCUCGAAAUGGCUUCGAUGCAUUCCAUAUUGCUGCUAAACAAGGAGAUUUAGAAAUAUUGAAAGUGCUACUAGCAGUCCAUCCUGAACUAGCAAUGACAGUGGAUUUAUCAAACACCACGGCUCUACACACAGCUGCAACACAAGGGCACAUUGAGAUUGUGAAUUUCUUAUUAGAAGUAGGCAGUGGUUUGGCUACAAUAGCAAGGAGUAAUGGCAAAACAGCUUUACAUUCAGCAGCAAGAAAUGGGCAUGUGGAGGUUGUGAAGGCACUUUUGGGCAAUGAACCAGGGAUCGCUCCAAGGACUGAUAAGAAAGGCCAAACUGCACUUCACAUGGCAGUGAAGGGGCAGAACCUUAAGGUGGUAGAGGAAUUGAUUAGUGUUGAUCCUUCAUUGAUGACAAACAUGGUUGAUACAAAGGGAAAUACGCCUUUGCAUAUAGCUGCCCGGAAGGGCAGAAUUCAGAUCGUUAAGUUGUUACUUGGACACAAAGAAACCAACACGAAAGCCGUGAACAAAAGCCGCGAGACAGCGUUGGAUACUGCUGAAAAAACGGGGAACCCCGAGGUUACCACCAUUCUGCAACAGCAUGGAGUUCAAAGUGCUCGAAACAUCAAGCCUGUAGCACUGAACCCUGCCCGUGAGUUAAAACAAACAGUGAGUGACAUCAAGCAUGAAGUGCACAAUCAACUAGAACAUACUCGUCAAACUAGAAAAAAUGUGCACGACAUCGUCAAAAGACUCCACAAAAUGCAUUCCGAAGGUCUAAACAACACGAUGAACUCCACCAACGUAGUCGCCGUCUUAAUUGCCAGCGUCGCCUUUGCUGCCAUCUUCACUCUCCCGGGCCAAUUCAUUGACAACCCGAACCAAGUCCCGAAGGGUCACUCCCUGGGGGAAUCAAACAUUGCUAUAUACCCAGCCUUUGUAAUAUUCUUCAUCUUUGAUUCCCUAGCACUCUUCAUAUCUCUUGCUAUAGUGGUGGUUCAAACCUCGGUUGUUGUGAUCGAGAGCAAGGCAAAGAAGAAGAUGGCAGCGGUGAUCAACAAGCUACUGUGGUUGGCUUGUGUGCUUGUUACGGUGGCGUUUUUAGCAUUGUCGUACAUUAUAGUUGGGCAAAGGUGGUAUUGGCUUGCAUCCGGGAUAAGCAUUGUGGGAGCAAUUUUAAUGGUGGCAACUCUAGCGGGCAUGUGUUAUUGGGUGAUACGAUAUCGCCUUAAGGCUACCAACAUGAAAAAUACACGAAGAUCACCCACCGCCAGCAGGUCGCGUUCAGCGAUUAUGUCCGAUUCUGAGAUUAUAAACAAUAAGUUUCAAAUGUAUGCCCUUUAAAUAUGGUCUCCUACACAAAUCUGAUU